AUGCGCGCUGUUCGAAAGUCUACUCACUUGUCCCGCCAGCUCCUGGCUGCCAAUGCUGUCCGCCACAGCUCUACAAACGCCGUGUCAAUCAAACCACUUACAUCGGUGCUCAUAGCGAAUCGUGGAGAGAUUGCCCUACGAGUCGGACGGACAGCUUCUGAAUAUGGCAUCCGAACCACAACCCUCUACACCGACCCGGAUGCGCGUUCACAGCAUGCCCUGAGCUCGCCGUAUGCCAUCAAUUUGGGAGAGGCCUCCGCUUACCUCGACGGCGACCGUAUCAUCCAGAUCGCCAAAGAGCAGGGCUGCCAGGGCAUACACCCAGGUUAUGGUUUUCUGAGUGAGAACCCAACAUUCGCACGAAAUUGCACAGAGGCAGGAAUCACCUUCAUUGGUCCGCCGUGGCAGGCCAUUGAGGCCAUGGGAAGCAAGAGUAAAUCGAAAGACAUUAUGAUAGCCGCUGGCGUACCAUGCAUACCUGGCUAUCACGGCUCCAAUCAAGACCCAGAACACCUCAAGAAUGAAGCCGCCAAUAUCGGAUACCCUGUACUGCUCAAAGCCGUCAAAGGCGGAGGCGGAAAGGGCAUGAGAAUAGUGAACAAGCCCGAAGAAUUCUUCGACCAGCUUGCGUCGGCAAAGUCGGAGGCCAGGAAUUCUUUCGGCGACGAGGUCAUGCUGGUGGAAAAGUACAUCACCACACCUAGGCACAUUGAGGUCCAGGUCUUUGCAGAUAAACACGGUAAUUGCGUCGCGCUUGGCGAGCGUGACUGCAGUAUUCAGCGAAGACAUCAGAAGAUAUUAGAAGAAUCGCCCGCGCCGCAUCUGAAAGAAGAUAUUCGACAAGACAUCUGGGAGAAGGCAAGAGCUGCUGCUUUGGCCGUCAAGUACGAAGGGGCCGGUACUGUUGAGUUCAUCUUUGAUAAUGACACUGGCGAGUUCUUUUUCAUGGAGAUGAAUACAAGGUUGCAGGUCGAACAUCCCGUUACUGAGAUGGUGACAGGAGAGGACCUCGUGCGAUGGCAGCUUAUAGUUGCAGAAGGUGGCAAGCUGCCACUUACACAGCAAGAAAUUGAGCAGAGGAUAAAAGAAAGAGGAGCUGCCAUAGAAGCACGUAUAUACGCCGAAAACCCCGACAUGAACUUCAUCCCAGAUUCCGGCUUGUUGCUGCACCUCCGAACACCAAAGCCGACAGCCACGGUCCGGAUAGACGCAGGCUUCGUUGCAGGCGACGAAGUUUCCUCACAUUACGAUCCGAUGAUUGCAAAGCUCAUCGUACAGGGGCCAACACGAGAAGCCGCAAUCGCAAAACUCCGCGCCGCACUAGAAGAGUACGAAGUCGCCGGCCCUAUAACCAACAUCGAAUUCCUCAAGAAGAUGUGCAUAAGCCCAGACUUCGUCGCAGGCGACGUAGAAACAGGCUACAUCCAAAAGCACCACGACGAACUCUUCACACCCGAGCCUAUCGCACCCGAAGUCCACGCACAAGGCGCGCUCGGCCUCGCACUCCAGGAAAUCUCACGAGCGCACACAGACCUGUUCUCCGGACCACCCGUCACAUCCAUCGGAUACAGUAACAGUUUCCAGCGUCGGCAGAUCGAUCUCGUCGAGACGCCCGCCAACGGAAAAGGCGACUCCACCUCCACACCCAUAACCCUCAUCCAAACCGCACCCUCAAAAUUCGACAUCAGCGUCGGUGACAAAACGUAUAGCAACGUCGUUUCCACCUUCGCGCCCUCGACCAACACACUCACGACGUUCUUCCCCCACACACGCCUCUCAACGACCUUCAUCCGCGACGAAGACCGCCUCACGCUCUUCCAGCAAGGCAAGCAAUAUCGUCUUCAGCUCGCAGUGCCCAAAUGGGCAGCGAAAGCGCUCGGCGUGAAGGAUCUCACGAACAGCGUAUUGGCACCGAUGCCGUGCAAGGUGCUGCGGGUGGAUGUGAAGGAGGGUCAGGAGGUGAAGAGAGAUCAGCCGCUUGUGGUAAUUGAGAGUAUGAAGAUGGAGACUGUGAUUCGGGCGCCUCAUGAUGGGGUUAUUGCGAGGGUGGUGCAUGGCGCAGGGGACCUUUGUAAAGCUGGGACUGCGUUGGUGGAGUUUGCGGAGGAGGAGAAAUGA